AUGGCCGGAGAAGAGCUGUCCUUGGAGUAUGUGAAGCAGUACAAGGUGAAGUGUCCCGAUGAACUUUCAAAGAUAAAGGUAAUUAGAGACAGAAUUUUUUAUUUGGGAAACAAGGUGGGGGAGACAAUUAUUUUUGUUCACUCAAGAAAUAGUGCGAGCAUGUUGCAUCAAGCACUUGUGGAACAUGGUUAUGGGGUGACUACUAUUCAAGGUGCUCUUGAUCAAGAUGACAGGAACAAGAUAAUCAAGGAAUUUAAAAAUGGAUUGAUUCAGGUUCUUAUUUCAACUGAACUCCUCUCCCGGGGUUUUGAUCAAGCAGAGGUUAGUCUGGUUGUCAAUUAUGAUCUUCCUGUGAAGUACCAAACUCCAUCGGAGCCUGACUAUGAGGUAUACUUGCAUCGGAUUGGCAGGGCAGGACGUUUCGGCCCCAAUGUCUUGUCUAAAGAACUUCAGCUUUAUUUUUGUGUUCCUGCAUGCAAUCCAGAACUUGGGGAGUAUCUUUUGGAUCUUACUUCCUGGAGUAAUGAAUCAGCUUCUAGCCACCUGUCAAAGCCUCACAGGGUGACGCCAACCUUGUAG